AUGGGGCUGUUCAAAAGCGUUCGCAACGGCUGGAAUGACUUCACGCCCAAAGAACGGCGCGAAGCUGCCUGCUACAUUCUAGGCAUCAUACUUUACAAGUUUGGUCUGGAGGCGUUCAAUGGAUCGAUUAUCACACUCGCCACCAACCGCUACGAUUAUGAUGCCCUUCGCGCCAACAUGCCUCCCAAGACCUUUCAACGCGUCGGGCUCAUGGUCGGCCUUAAUCAAGCCUGCCAGUGUGUUGGGUCAAUACUCAUGGCUCCCCUGAUUCGUCGCUACCCAGCUCGGUUGAUUCUGAUGGCAGCCAUGUUGGUCUUUGGCAUCUUCAGCGCCAUCCUUCUGAUCAUAGAUGCUUGUACUGGUGGCACCUUUGUCCCGGCUGCCUUCCGUCCUCACCACCCACAGAAUGACUUCCAUUACUAUGGUCGUUACAACACGGACAGUAUCAUCCCUAUUUACUGCGUGAGUGGUUUUAGUUAUGGAAUGGUCGAGCUCAUCCGCCGCAUCAUUCCCAGGGACAUUGUUGGCGGAAACCUAAAGAGACUACGACGCCUGGACGCUCUGGUUCACAUUUUCUACGAGGUAUCAGGUACCGCUGGCGCAUUCUGCACUGCACUCGCCCUGAUUCCUCGCCUGGGGAACAAUUAUUCUUUCCUCGUGACACCCAUCUGUUUUACACUCGCGGCUAUUGCCUGGUCCUUCCUUGGAGAUGAUGUGUUUAAAGCUCACAAAACGGCAGAAACCCCUGACCAGACAACAUAUAUCCGAGCAGCGCUGAGAGGAAUCAAGCUCUUUCUAGAGUCCAUCUGGGUGGGUGCACGGAUCAUCUUCACCACACGCAAAUUUAUCUGGUUGCUGCCCGGGUAUUCAAUUGCUUUGUAUGCUCAUCGCUAUCUCGAGAGUGCAGUUAUGCCAGCACUUGCGCGUCGCUAUUUAGGCAACGCCGCAUGGUCGCAGAUUAUGGUGGGAGGGUCCAAUUUGGGAGAACUGUUUGGCGCAUUGUUUGUCAUCUUCCUCAAUAACCGCGUGCGCACCCCCAUGCCUUGGCUGCGAGUUGAUGCGCUCAUGCUUCUCAUCACAUGGUAUCUGCCAUUCUGGAAACCCCCAGUGCAUCGGGUCCGAGAUGCUUUGUUCGCUGCCCUCAGCUUUGUCCCUGUUUCUUUCGGAUGGGCGGCUGGUGAUGUCUCGCUGGCGGCGUAUAUCCAGGCGACGCUGACAAGAAUGGAGUCAACGUCGAAAAAUGUUUCUGCGCUCGGGGCUGUCAUGGCGUUCUUGUACUCUACCUAUAUUGUCCUCUAUGCCAUCACAUCUCCGCUGCUGGGAAGCUAUAUUGACCACGUAUAUGUGGAAACCGGAGGUCCAGUUGGAGGGGGUGAUAUCCAUCUGGCUAUUCGGAAUGUGGCCAGUGUGCAGUUCAGUGUGAUAUCCUUGCUGGUCCUUGUUUCCUCGUUUGUGCCUCGGGGAUCGCUGGCGCUGAAUCCGGUGGCACUGGAUGACGAAGAUCUGGAGGAGGAGGAUUGGGGGAACGAUGUGCUGUCCUCGAAAGCGAGUGUUGUGAGCUUGCCCUUAUGA